CCCCCCCCCCCCCCCCUCCAAUUACUAUUCUGGCUGCAUCUGCCUGCCUGCUUGCUUUCUGCUGCACUUUCUCCCUCACUCCUCGCUUCUCCUUCGUUCUCUCAUGUUCUCCAUGAAUUGGCCGCAUAUCCGAUCUGGUGGAAUCUUGAGCAUGAGCCAUUGAUCGUCACGAGAACCCACGUCACCCCAUCGUUCCUCCGUCCAUCCGCCCACUCGACUCCAGGGUACCUGCACGAUAUCACACUGCCUCCAUCCCAUAUCUCGCCUCCCGCUACUUGUUUAUCGUCCACCGCCUCGGUCGCUCCGAUUUCCCUUUUAUACAGCGCCACACAACGCAUUUCGCUUUUCUGCUCUCACUUAAAACCCCUUUUACUAUUCUAAUCCUGACCAUACUAACACUUGUAUGGUAUUUGUGCCUUGUGUGCUUGAUCAAUUGAUCACAGCUUUCACAUCAUGACCUCCUCCAUAUCAGACAUUGAUCCAUAUGUGGUGUUGGGAGUCCAGAAAGAUGCGACCCUGGCUGAAAUUAAAUCCUCCCAUCGCAAACUGGUGCUGAAGUGGCACCCCGACAAGGUCAAGGACGAAAGCCAACGAAGUCAGGCUCAAGAUGAGUUUCAGAAGGUCCAACAAGCCUACGAACUUCUCUCCGAUGAGACAAGAAGGGCCAAAUAUGACAACAAGGUUCGUCUUGCGGAGCUUCGACGAGAGAUGAUGGCGCGCGGCGGGAAUCCCAACGGUUCAUCCGCGCGAAGCAAUGGUUCUGGUUCCAGCGGGCCCCGCGAAUACCGCAAUGGGCGGAUCUACGAAGAAAGAACUCCGGCCGAUGCGACCAACUUCUACGAGGAGGACGGCUUAGAUUCCGACGGAACACGGCCGACAGCUCGCAAGUACGAUGAAUACGGCAAGCGACGGACCAAGGUGGCGGAAGAGAAGAAGAAGGCGAAGAGUGUCCCCCUAAGUGCCGCCCGCGCCGCGAAGGAGAUGCUUCGGGACAACGUCAAGACGACCCACUCGUCUCGCGACAAGUACCGUACCAAGGAACGCAAGCGGGAUGCCUACGAUAAGAGCGCAUCAUCCUACUACGUACGAGUCAAACGGCCCUCAGAGAAACGAAGCCGGGAGUCGUCCACACGCAAGGCUCGACCAACUGAAUCAACCCGUCGCCCGGAGCCUGCACGUUACGAAUCGGAGGAUUACUCGGAUCGCAGGGAGUCGAAGCAUGAGAAGAUGCACACUACCGCGCGCGAUUACAUCCUACGAUCCAAAGGAACCGUUCCUAUUGAAAUUGAUCGAAGGGCACAGGCAUCUCGGUCGCCUCCUCGUCCUCACGCUUACGAUUCGGCCGAUCCCGAGUCCUCCUCCUCCCGGCGCUCGAAUCGAUCCAAUCGGCCCAGCAAAGAAACUGUUCGAAGCUCGAGUUCCCGCAACAACUCUUACGAGCAUAUUGAGUCCCAGUCUCGAUCCUAUGACGCCAAGGUCCCCAGCAUGCCCACAGCUGCAACAUCGCCAGCUGUCAAAGUAUCCUCGUCAAUCCGGCCUUCCCUUCAAUCUUCACGAUCUGCAUCCACUGCGCAGUCCCAUUCCCGACCGAAGACCUUAGGUCGUACGGAGCAGUUCCUUCUGCACAUGGUACACGACGGUAACUCUCGGACGACGAAGCUCCGAAAUACGGACAAAUAUGAUUCCGGGUAUUCUAGUCCGGGAACACCGGACUUACCACCUGGAGAGAGCCCGACGAAGACCAGAUACAAGAUCGUGACAGAGCCAGGUACAGUCCUGGUGGAGCCGAGCAUGCCGCCACCCCACGCGUCCUCAAGACAUGCAAGGGGGCACUCGCCGCCUCGACAAGAUCGUUCGGGGUCAAGCCGUCCUAUGCCAAAACCAGUCCGCAGCAGUACUUAUGCUUACCCAGCGGAGUAUUCGGGUCGCUAUGAGUCGUCAUCUCGACCUAGUGCCUCCAGGCAGUCUUCUUCGCGACCCCUCUACGGUGAGGUGGAAUACACCCGUAGCAAGGAUCGUGAUUACAAGUAUGCACGCGAAAUUGGGCCCGAGCAUAUCCCCCAUUCCGGUCGCGAUGCCUAUUCCCGACGCAUGGACGAAUACCCGCAUCCACCGAUAGGCAGGCGUCAAUCUGCUUACGCUCAAUAA